AUGUGGCACCUCUGUUUGGCCUGGGAAGAGCCCAGUGAAGAGCCCAGUGAAGAGAAGAGUCAAGCCCAGGGACAGUGGCAAAGGGAGAGAAUGGAUUCAGUGCCUAUCCUGAAGGGUGCAGUGGUGGCCUACAAGAAGAAGCAACUGGUCAUUGAGAAUAAUAUAUGUGUCAUUCUCCUUUCUGCUAAAGCUAAGAAGAAAACCUUUCUAGGUAUGGUAUCUAGGCUGCUAAGAGGUUUUGCUGCCUCAGAGGAGAAGGUUGGAAUAUGUUCUGGAAAUAAUUAUAUAUCUCCAAUUGGAAGGAUAGAGGAACCCUUUCAUCUAGAUUUCAAGCGCCUGCAAGAUGAGGUUUCUGAGAAAACAUGGGAACUGUCCAUGCUUUCAAAGGAUGUUCAAGAUGUCAUGUUCUUUAGCCUCCUGCCCAUGCUCAGUGACAGGGAGAUUCUGUAUGACCUGAUGAACAUGCUGGAAUUGGAUCAGUUGGGGCAUAUGGAUGGCCCAGGUGGUGUAAUCCUAGAUGUGCUGCAACAGGACUCAGGACCCCCAUGGAUUGACCUAAAGAACCUCAUUCUUUAUCUCCUUCAAGCCCUAAUGGUGCUGAGUGAUACCCAACUCAGUCUGCUGGCCCAGUCUAUGGAGAAGAGGCUCCUCCUCCAGCAACAAGAGCUGGUAAAGAGCAUCCUGAAGCCGAACUUCAAAUAUCCCUGGAACAUCCCCUUCACUCUCCAGCCUCAACUUCUUGCCCCACUCCAGGGUGAGGGCUUGGUCAUUACUUAUGAAUUGGUGAAGGAGUGUGGUCUGAAGAUGGAGCUAAAUAAUCCCAGGUCAACUUGGGAUCUGGAAGCCAAGAUGCCUCUGUCUGCCCUUUAUUGGAGCCUGUCAUUAUUGCAGCAACUUGUAGACACCUAAAUCUUCCACAAGGCCUGGCCCCAGCUCAGUCCAUGUUGAGUCCUGGAGACAUUAGAGAUGUGAACCAUGGCCCACACAAGAGUGGUGUUUUCUGUGCAUGUUCUAGGGUGGUGGGAAUAAGGAUGCU